AUGUCUGGCAUUCCUGAUAAUGUACAACAGGAGUUGGCCCAACUCAUGACGGGUCUUCUUUCCCCAGACAAUAACAUCCGUGCACAAGCCGAGGCUUGUCUCAACAGGGAUUGGACAAAGAAGGAUAACGUUGACGUGCUACUGGUUUUUCUAGCCAGUCAAGCAGCCCAUGGUGCGGAUAAUACCUCACGUGCCUUUGCUGCUGUUCUUUUCCGCCGAUUUGCAAUAAAAUCACCUUUAGGUCAGGGAUAUUCUGUUACGGCAAGACAAAUCGAUCAUCUCAGUGAUGGGGCUAAACAGGAGGUUCGUAAUCUCUUACUGCGAGGCUUUCUAGCAGAGCAAUCUGAUGGCGUGCGUCACAAAUUGUCCGAUGCCAUGGCAGAAGUCUCCAAAGAUGACACCUUUCAAUGGCCGGACCUUCUUCCUACAGUUCUUAGUGCGGCAGAGAAUGCCAACACUAACUUUCGCGAAUCUGCAUUUAGAAUCAUUACAGCAGCUCCUCAGAUAACAAGUCAAAGUUCAAAUCAUAGUGACCAGUCUCAGGUCACUGAUACCUUUUUGAAGAUGUUUGAGGCUGGAUUUGCAGACCAAUCCGAUGCAGUGAGAAUUGCUGCUUGCACUGCAUUUGUAUCUUUCUUCGAGAAUAUGCCAAAAAGUCAAUGGGGUGUACUUGCUCGCUUGCUCCCAAACUUGCUAGAUUCUCUUCCAAGACUAUUGGAAACUGGAAACGAUUCCGCUUUGGCAUCUGUUCUAGAGUCGUUGAUUGAUUUGGUCGAUAUGGCGCCAAAAAUAUUCAAACCUAUGUUCUCUACACUCAUUCAAUUCUGCAGUGCUGUCGCUAAGAACCGUGAUCUCGAGUCUGGUGCUAGACUCGCUUCUCUGGAGUUGCUCACCUGCUUCUGUGAAUCAUCUCCUAACAUGUGCAAACGCGAACCAUCUUACGCUUCUGCAAUUGUCUUAGACUGUCUCCAAUUGUCCACAGAAGUUUGUGAAGGUGAUGAUGACUGCGAAGACUGGAUCAAUUCUGAAGAUCUUGAUGAGGAUGAAGAGGAAGAAACCUAUAACGCUGCACGUCUUUCUCUCGACAGAUCUUCACUGAAACUAGGAGGCGAGACACUUGCGCAACCGUUGUUUCAGUAUAUUCCUUCCAUGCUUCAAUCAAAUGAUUGGCAUGAACGUCAAGGCGCUCUCAUGUCACUUUCAUCGGCUACCGAGGGUUGUCGCGAUGUCCUCAUUACAGAGAUACCCAAAAUACUAGAUCUUAUACUACCAGCUCUUAAUGACCCACAUCCAAGAGUUCGUUAUGCAUGUUGCAACGCUCUUGGGCAGAUUUCUACCGAUUUUGCCGACGUAAUUCAACGUACUGCUGGAGAUAGAAUUGUGCCUGCUUUGGUUUCCAUGCUUACCACCAAAAAUGUUGCCCGGGUGCAGGCUCAUGCUGCCGCUGCUUUAGUGAACUUUUGCGAGGAAGCUACGCAAGAGAUACUGGAGCCUUAUUUGGAUACCUUGCUAUCUAAUUUGCUUUCCCUUUUGCAGAGUGCCCCUAAACGAUAUGUUCAGGAGCAAGUUGUCACCACCAUCGCCAUAGUUGCCGAUGCCGCAGAGACCAGAUUCAUCAAGUACUACGAUACUUUGAUGCCUCUAUUGUUGGAUAUUCUCAGAGCCGAUACUGGCUCCGAGAACCGCCUUCUCAAAGCCAAGGCUAUUGAAUGUGCUACUCUUGUUGCUCUUGCUGUUGGAAAAGACAAGUUUUCUCAGAAUGCCGCCGAGAUUUUGCAAAUUAUGACCCAGCUUCAGCAAACUCUUCAGGGAGAUGACGAUCCUGUGAGAGCAUAUCUUGAGCAGGGUUGGAGUCGUGUCUGCAGACUUAUAGGUAAGGACUUUUUGCCCUAUCUUCCUUUGGUGCUUCCUCCUUUGUUGGAGCAGGCAAGGGCCACUCAGGAUAUAUCCAUUGUGGAGGAAGACGACCUUGACGAGGUUACACAAAAUGAUGAUUAUGAGGUGAUUCAACUUUCCGGUAAGCACAUUGCCGUUCAUACUGCUGUGCUUGAGGAUAAGACAGGCGCCAUUGAACUUUUAAAGAAUUAUGCUGAUAUUCUGGGAGCCGAAUUUUACCCGUACGUGGAACAGAUUGCCAAUGAGAUUGUCAUUCCUGGUCUUGACUUCUAUCUUCAUGAUGGUGUUCGUGGCACUUCCGCUGUCACCAUGGCUUCGCUUCUUCAGAGUUGUAUUGCCGCUACCGGCAGUAAUAAAUCGCCUCAGGCGAUCCAACUAUGGACUAACAUGGCCAAUAAGCUUAUUCACCAACUUGGAAGUGACCCUGUUCCUGAUUUGCUAGUGGCAUACUUCUAUGGAAUCACUAAAUGUCUAGAACUUAUGGGCCCUAAUGCUUUAAGCGAUGAGCAGCUUUUGGCUAUUUCCAAGGCCCUUGAAACUUGCUUCUCAGAAACUUACGAGCGGGUGAAAUCGAGGGAAAAUGGUGAUGACGAAUACAAUGAAGAGAUCGCAGAAGAUGAUGAAGAUUAUACGGACGAGGAGCUUCUUGACCAAAUCUCUAAAGGUCUUUCUGCCAUAUUCAAGAAUUCCCGUCUUAGAUUUUUCUCUGCUUUCCAAAGCUUGAUUCCGACAUUGGCUACUUUCAUCAAUGAUGAUACCAUCUGCUUGAAACUUGCUGGUCUUUGUGCUGCUUCUGAUGUUGUUGAAUUUUGCGGCCCAAACUCUUUUUCUCUAAAAGAUAUGUUUAUGAAUCCCGUUGGAGAAGCGCUUACAUCUCCUCAGGCUAGCAUACGUCAGGCAGCUACCUAUACAGUUGGUGCCUGUGCGCAGUACGGUGGAGAGCAAUACGCUGAUUAUUGUAUAGCGUGUCUUCCAUCCAUGACCCAGAUGGCCAGCAUUCCUGAUGCGAAAGCAGAGGAGAACUUGGGUGCUACUGAAAAUACCUGUUCUUCCAUCGCUAAGGUUAUCCACUCUUUUGGUUCAAGAAUCCAGGGCCUUGAUGAGCUUAUACAGAACUGGUUCAAACUACUUCCAGUGGCACAGGACGACGAGGCUGCUCCCUACGCUUACAUGCUUCUAGUAGAAUUGAUUCAACAACAGCACCCAGUGGUGAUGUCUCAAAUUCCCAAAGUUUUCGAUAAUGUUCUCCAAGCACUACUUUACGGCUCAAUUUCUGGAAGAUCUGCCGAGAAAGUUGUCGAAGCUACCAAACAACUACUUGGAACUAUGCCAAAUGAGCAGGCAAUGACUCUUCUGAACAAGUAUGAUACCGAAUCGAAACAAGUUAUUCAACGUUGGUUUUCGUAG